AAAGAAACAACGGUUUUCUGCCUAUUUAAACACACCUCUCUACCUCUCCUUCCUCCUCCCACUUCUUCCUUCCUUGUUCACAUUCUUUUGGCAUUGCUCUCCAUCUUUGCAAAUUCUCGAUUUUCCUUUUCCUUUCAUUGCUCAUUUUGAGUUUGUUCUUUCUUAUAAAAAAAUGGAAUUCGACGACCGCUACAGGCAGGUUCAGAGGCCUAAAUAUGAAUGCCUGCUGUUUGAUCUGGAUGAUACUCUGUAUCCUCUUAGUACUGGUAUUGCCACAGCAUGCCUCAAGAAUAUUAAAGAUUAUAUGGUCGAAAAGCUUGGCAUAGAUAAGAGCAAAAUCCCCGACUUGUGCAACCUUCUGUACAAGAAUUAUGGAACUACAAUGGCUGGUCUUAGGGGAAUUGGCUAUGACUUUGACUAUGAUGAAUACCACAGUUUCGUUCAUGGGAGAUUGCCAUAUGAGAACUUAAAACCCGACCCAGUUUUGAGAAAACGUUUGCUGAGCCUGCCUUACCGUAAAGUUAUUUUCACAAACGCAGACAAGGUCCAUGCAGCCAAAGCACUUAGCAGGCUUGGAAUAGAAGACUGUUUCGAGGGAAUUAUCUGCUUUGAGACCCUGAAUCCAACUCACAAAAGCACUGUUUCAGAUGAUGAAGAUGACAUUGAGUUUGUGGGAUUAUGCAAUACACCUGAUAUUCCUGCCACAAACACAAGUGCUAGUACUGAAAUAUUUGACAUCAUCGGGCACUUUGCUCGGCCUGAUCUUGGUUUGGCAUUACCAAAGUCACCAAUUGUCUGCAAACCAUCGGUUGACGCCAUAGAAAAGGCUCUGAAAAUAGCGAAAAUAAAUCCUCAGAGAACUUUGUUCUUUGAGGACAGUGUCCGCAACAUACAAGCUGGAAAACGUGUGGGUCUCCACACUGUUUUGGUUGGCAGUUCCCAGAGAGUUAAAGGUGCAGAUUAUGCCUUAGAAAGCAUCCACAACAUCAGGGAAGCAAUACCAGAGCUCUUGGAGGAUGACAUGAAAUCAGAAGUUGCUUACUCUGGCAAGGUUGCAGUUGAGACUUCUGUGACAGCUUAAAUUUAUAUGUUACCAUCAAUUGCCAUCGAAAAAAGAAAAAAAAAAAAGAAAAAGAAAAUCAUGUAUUUGGGAUCUUAGCAUCCCCAUGGCCCAUCUCAUUGGGCAGAUGAUGUAGAUGUCUCUUUCUGACUAGUUAUUUUGUCCCAAAA